GCAUUAUAUUGUGCAUAAUUAUGAUUAUUAAACACAGGUCAAAGAUUUAAGUGUUACAACUUCAAAAAAAGUAUAUAACGACGACAAAAGGCUCCGCAAAAGAAAGCCCUUUGCAGGGCCACUUACCCGUCUUUUAGUGUUGCCCAUUGAUCAGAGACGUAGAAUUCAAAAUGAAAACCACACAUACAUCUCAUAAUGAUAACUCCCACUUUACCAAAUUAUUAUAGCCCGACUGUGACAUUGCCCAAUAACUCUACCCAGCUUUACAUGUAAUGCUUGUAUAAGAUUCAUCAUCUUCAGAUCGUGUUUGGCUUCAAAUCUUCCAUCAAUAAUACUUAGUGAUCGAGUAGUGAGCAUGACUUCUUCUGAGAGCUUUAGCUUCUUUUCCCCUGAAGAACACUCUUCUCCCAGGCUUAUUCUCCCCCCACCACCGCCAGGAAUAAAGUUGCCACCUUCCUUCAAGCAAACCCCUUCACCAGGAAACAAGCUGCAAACCCCAUACAAGAACAACAAGGUCAGUAAGAAACCAGCAGAUGAAUACCCUAUUAUACGUAUUAAAUCUUGCAACAGGACCAACCCGUUAGUUUGGUGUAUUGCAAUCUCUUGUUUGAUCUUCAGCUUACUGUUGAUCUUCUCCGGGGUGGCCACUUUGGUCAUUUUCCUUUCAGUCAAACCCAGAACCCCAGUUUUUGACACGCCUGCAGGGACCCUGAACUUUGUCUACAUAAACUCUCUUCAGUUUGUGAAUGGGGAGAUCUCGUUUCUUGCCAACUUUACUAACCCAAACAGGAGACUGAACGUCAGGUAUGAGAGUCUGGAAAUAGAGCUGUACUUUUAUGACAGUUUGAUAGCAACUCAGUUUAUUGAACCCUUUAGUGGGGGGAAAGGGGAAGUGAAAAUGGUGCAAGUUAAUCUGAUAUCAAGCUUGGUUUAUCUGCCACCAAACCAUGCCUUAGGGCUCCAAAAGCAGGUGAUGAACAACCGGGUUGUGUUCAACAUCAAGGCGGUUUUCAAGGUGAGGGCGAAUAUGGGUCCGGUUCACUAUUCUUAUUGGUUGCAUGGGAGAUGCCAAGUUGAGAUGACAGGCCCUCCUAAUGGGUUUCUUACUGCCCACAAAUGCAUAACAAAGAGGUGAAAAGGCCAGGCCAAUAGAGUCACUUAGCUUAAUUGAUGACAAUUGUCUUUGUAAAUUAGUUUUGGUGGAUGUAGUCACUUUUAGAUAUUUGGGUUGGUGUAAGUGUCUCUUUGGCUCUCUAUAUUCAUUACAUGCCAAGAUAGUAGAUGACUACUUAGAUACUUGAGAUCCAUAAUAAAUCACAAGCUUUAGGGCUUGCAAGAUUUCUUUUUGAUUAAUUUUCAGUUUUCCCUUCAAUUCCCCUGCAGUUAGUUUCAGUAUAAACUCACACCAAUCAUUCUUCUUGUACAAACUUUCUUAUACACACUCUAUACACAUCUCCAUGAGAAGGC